AUGGACUUCGACGACAUCGACGACCUGGCAACAUCGCCAACACCCCCAAAACGACGCAAGGUGGUUGCUGUUCUAGCCCCUCGACCCAGCAUGGCGGAUCUGCUCGCUACUUGGGGCGCUGUCAAGUCGCCAACCUCAGCAACCAAGAUGCGCCGCGAGUCUGGCAUACAGAACGGCGGUAUACAGAACGGCGAUACCGGCCCUGGCCUACGAGGCACGAAGAAGCCCAUCUCUUACGCCGAGUCGCCUCCAACCACACCUGGGUCCAACUUCACCCAAUCUUCGUAUGAGGAGGGCAUGGAGAAGAUUGAGACUCCUGGCGGUGGCGGACCAGAGACCAGUGAAGAUGAGUUGACCGGCGACGUGAUCCACGCCGUUCCCCGUGGCACAGCUGCGAAAGCUCGGGAAUCUCACCCUCAGCGCAGUCGCGAGCUGCCAACGCGAAGCACCCGAGCAAACAUCAGCUACGCUCGCCCAGUCUUGGUGAAGAGAACACCAACCAAGGCGAAGAAGUCCAACAAGAUCCUCAGAUCAGACAUGGGAGCUCCUGCUCCUAAAGCGGAGACUGCACGAACCAGAGUCCGCCACGAAAUCGAGAUCAGCACCAGACCAAAGCGCCAUGCCUUCCUCUACGUGCACGGCGACUACUUCAAGCCUCUACUGCCUGGCUACAGUUACAUUGACAAGCUUCGUAAGGCCGCGGCGGAAACCCGUGAGCCCAAACAUGUUCCAUACAAGGCCCUGGACAAGCAGCCUCCCGGCGUCAAGGCCAAAAUGAAGCCAUACCAGCUUGAAGGCCUCUCUUUCCUCACUUACAUGCACAACAACGGCAUGUCCUCCAUCCUUGGUGACGAGAUGGGGCUCGGCAAGACUUUGCAGACAUUGGCUCUAUUCCAGCACCUCACCGAGACCAAUCCGUCUAUCGGCGAGAAUCGACCAUUCUUGGUGGUCUGCCCAUUGAGUGUUCUCUCGUCGUGGAUCUCUGAAACCCGCAAGUGGACCCCCGAGCUCAACGUUAUCCGCUUCCAUGGACCAAAGCUGGAACGCGAGCGCUUCAAGAAGCACUGCCUCGAGCGGAAGUCUCGUUGGGAGAGCGGUCGUGGCACGGAUAAGGAUCGUGUCGAUAUGGUUGUCACUACGUACGAGACCUUCGUGUCUGAGUCAUCGUGGUUCAAGCGCUCUUUCGUCUGGCGGUACUGCGUUCUCGAUGAGGGUCACAAGAUCAAGAAUGAGAAGUCCGACAUAUCGUCAUCCCUGCAAGGCCUCAGUGCGGAGUACCGGCUACUGUUGACCGGCACACCGCUCCAGAAUAACCUGAGAGAGAUGUGGGCGCUGCUGCACUGGCUGUUCCCAGAUGUCUUCCCAGUCGACACCGCAGACGACUUUCGCAAGGCAUUUGACCUGACCAAGGGCACUGUUUCGACUGACUUCAUGGAUGACGCUCGACGGUUGCUGGAGUUGAUCAUGCUCCGCCGAAUGAAGACGAGCCCAGGCGUGAAUCUCGGUCUGCCUCCCAAAGAAGAAGUACUUCUCUUCGUCCCCCUGACGCCAAUGCAACGCUUCUGGUACACCCGACUUCUUACUCGAGCCGAUCAAGGUACUCUCGAUGAUCUGUUUGGUGACGCAAAGGACAAGGAGGCGCAAACACUGAAGCAUGAAGCCAACGACACGCAACUGGCUCUACUCGAGAAGGCUCAGGCAGCUGCUGAGAAUGCCGCCGAUGUCGACACGACAGACGUCUGGGCAGAGAGCCGUGCCAUUAUGGAGGAAGCUCUGCGACAGGAAGACGAAGUUCAGGAGGUCGCGCAGAAAGACAAUGCUUGGAAGAAGUUGAUGAACCUCAUGAUGCAGCUGCGCAAAGUCUGCAAUCAUCCAUAUCUCCUUCCCAACGCUGCGCCCGAACUUUACGACAUUGGCGAGCACGUCAAGGCGGCUUCUGGCAAGUUCAUCGUCCUGGACAAAGUCAUCGACGAACUUGUGCUUAAGAGAAAGAAGAAGAUCCUCAUAUUCUCUGGCUUCACCAAGACUCUCAACCUCGUGGGAGAGCUGCUCUGGCUGAAGGGUGCAAAUAACCACAACGCUCCAUUCCGUUACGCCAGGCUGGAUGGCAGCACCAAUCGGGCUCAGCGCAACCUUGCAAUCCGCAUGUUCAAUGACCCGAAGAGCGACUACAAAGUGAUGCUGCUUUCGACCAGAGCAGGUGGACUUGGCAUCAACUUAACCUCCGCAACCGAUGUCGUCUUCAUGGACGAAGACUGGAACCCACAGAUGACACUUCAGGCCGAAGCUCGUGCACAUCGCAUUGGGCAGACUCAGAAAGUCACCAUCUACAAGCUUUGCACUCAGGGCACCGUCGAAGAGCAGAUGAUGGGGCGCAUUCGCAAGAAGCUGUACCUGUCUGCCAAGAUCACCGAGAGCAUGCGCAACGUCCACUCCACCGGUUCGCCAGACAAGAAGCGUAAGCGACAGUCAACGAACGGCGGCGUCUCGGAUGAAGAAGCUCCGCACCUCGAUACUGCUUCCUUGCAGUCACUCAUUCGCCGUGGAGCUCAGACUUUGGCCAGACCAGAGAUUGAUGUGACUGAGAUGUUGGGCUGGGACUGGGAGACAACACUCGAGAAGUGCAAAGACAAGCCCAUCGAUACCAAUGUCAACGAUCAAGAUGGCCAUGCAGUCGAUGAGCACGCCUGGCUCGACUCCAUGGAGAAGGUUGAGACUGCUGUCUUCGAGGGCAAGAAACACAUGAAAGAACUGGAGAAGCGCGCGAAGGAAGACGUCGAUCUCAACCGCGGUGACCGACGUCUAGGCAAGAAUACCACUGUCGAGAUCGACGGCUUCAUGAUCUCAAAAGAGAGCAUGAACUGCGGUGAUUGGGAGGCAGUGCCAACAUUCGCCGGCAAAGACCCUCGUCUCGCCGAACCCAAGAGAGAGAAGAAGGCCGCCAUUAAUCAUCAGGAAUUCUGCCAAGUCUGCUGGGCUGGCGGCGAUCUCGUCUGCUGUCAUGGCUGUCCUCGGGCAUACCACCGCAAGUGCUUGACGGCAGAACAGAAGUCCAGGUCGAUGGGUAUGACGUUCUACUGCUUGCAGCACGAGUGUCGUGACUGCGGUUCGAAGACCACCGAAGCUGGCGGUCUCAUCUACCGCUGCCGCUGGUGCGAGAGUGGAUUCUGCGAAGACUGCCUGGAUUGGGAAAACAUCAACUUGGUCGGUGAUUCCCUUCCCGAGUUCCAGAUGCUAGGCUUCGGCCCUAUCGCUCAAGCUCACUACAUCGACUGCCACCAGUGCGUCGAGCAUUGGAAGGGCGAUGGCGACGCACACAAGGCCAUGAUGAAGGAGAAGAAGCGCUACGACCGUGAGUACGAGGCCUUCGUCGACAGCUUGGACGACGAGACCCAAGGCGGUGCCACCGUCACCCCCGACACCAUCUCUGAAGUCGCCACCCCGGUCGAGGAGAUGAUGCCGCAAGGCCCAGUCCACGGCCAUCCCAAGCCGCGUUCGGCCAAGAAGGCCAAGUUGUCUUCAACGUUCUUGUAG